AUGACUACUGGCAGGAUCAACCAGGUAGCAUUCCUCGCGGACGGGCCGGCGCCGCACGGCGGGGCCGAGGCGGCGGCGGACGUCGCUCGCACGCAGCCAGCGUCGGGGACGCCGCUGCGAUUGAAAUCGGGGCACAUGGGCGCGGGGGGCGCCCUGCCCGCACGGGCUUUCCGCAUCCGGGGGACGGGCGUCGCCCGCGCGCCGGCCCCCCGCGUUGCCCGGGAGGGCGAGCGGGGAGCGGAGCGCGGCCGACGCUAUCGGGUCCGCCCGACGCCGCGGCGCCCCUGGGGGCGAGCGGCGGGGACGGAACCGCAAGUUUCGAGCAACCGACUUCCUUCGGGACAGGCACGCAGCGCAAGAAGCCAACCUCGGACGGGCCGAUCGCCGACCCGAGCCGACCGAACGAUGGGGCGAGCACGGGAGCACCGUCGCUGCACGAGCAGGGACCCGGCGCUCCCGAGCACGCCGAACGCCACUCACGCGCCCAUCCGCACGCACGCCCGGAACGACGGCCAUCGAACGCGCCCCGGGAUCGGGGUCCGAUCGAGUGCCGGCGCGCCCGGGCGGCCGCAACGAGCACGGAUGCAAUCGAAUCGAGGGACAUUUUCGAUAGGCGAGGCACGACACGAGCGCACGACGACGCCCGAGGGGGCAUCCCGCACGCCGUCCGUCCGCCCGCCCAAACACGCCAUCCGUCGCCAAACGGAGCGCCAGCCCGCCGAGCCGGAAGCCGGCAACGCCCCGUGGUGCGCCAGCCCGACGCCCGGACGGGCAUCAAGCUCGCUGCACGGCGCAUGCCCGCCCCCGGCUCGGGCGUCCAACAUACCGUCGCCGAAUGGGGGGCGAUCCGGCACGCCAGCAUCGGCCGCGCCCCCGACCGACCGCCCGUCGGCCCCCGAGCCGGAAGCCGGCAACGCCCCGUGGUGCGCGAGCCCGACGCCCGGAGGGGCAUCAAGCUCGCUGCACGGCGCAUGCCCUCCCCCGGCUCGGGCGCCAUCGUGCGGCCCGUCGUCCAACAUUCCGUCGCCGACAACCCCGGCCGCCCCGUCGCCGGAGGCAGCUCGGGGUGCGCCGGCCGUGUGCGGGCGGGGGAGCGAUCACCAAGCCGAGCCGUGCGUGCCGGUGUCACGUCCGACCCGUGCACGUCCAUCCGACCCGUCGCCGGAAACCGGUCGCCGGAGACCGGCCACCGGUCGCCGGCCGCCGGCCGACCGCUCCCCCGCCCGGCACACGGUGCCCGACGCUGGGUGGGCGCCCGGGGCACCGCGGCUAGGCCACACGGCCAUCCUUGCCCGACGCCCCUCCAAGACACCCUCCCCCCCUAAAGAUACAUUUAGAGCAAAAUCCCAUGUGACCCCAGUAGACACUCAAAAGCUGAGGAGGCAUACCAGGCCACCGUGUACCCUGUGCAGGCCACAGUGGCCGAGCAGUGGCACACAGUGCCGCCCAGUCUCGGCCACAGUGGCCGGGCAGUGGCACACGGUGGCGAGCAGUGGCACACGGUUGCCGGGCAGUGGCACACGGUGCCGCCCAGUCUCGGCCACGGUGGCCGAGCAGUGGCACACGGUGCCGCCCAGUCUCGGCCACAGCGCCACACGCUUCCUGGCAACGUCUAGGCCGGCCUGA